AUUACCUUUGAUAUAUAAUAUUAAUUAAAAAUCAAUUUAAUCAACAAUAAUAUAAUCGCAUUUGUGAACUUGCCUUUAAGCUACUUCGAUUGUAUAUUUCGCAUAAUUUCGAUUUCAUCGGUAUAUCAGAGGUAAAGUACAAUUCUGUCUAGGAUUAACAAGAAAACAGUGAAGUUAAUUGAUUAUUAGCCGACAUGUUUAAAAUCACAUUGCUUAUUUUAUUUUGCGCAAUAUCAGGUUAUGGUAUAAAUGGACAGUCUCAUGAUCAAACGAAGGCAAAGAUUUUCAAUGAAUCUGCAAAUAUUGGACAAGUACCAUCAGCAAAUGUCAAUUUACAUCCAAAUUCUAACAAUGUAGUUGAUCAAACAGUACAAGCAGAUUCUAAACAAUCUUUAACACCUAAUGCAAAUCCAAUAGAUCCACAAGUAAAAAAUACUAUUGUACCAAAUGCAGUAGCAGCAGCAGCAGCAGCAGCAGCAAAUAUUAAAAAACAAGAUUCUGCAUUGCCGAAUACUACUCCGAUUAUUGAAAUUACAUCUGCAAAUACACUCGUAGAUCAAAAUACACCAAAAAGUGUUGCUGAAACUGAUUCUAAUACAAAUAAUAAUACUGAAGAACCUGUAGUACCAAAUACUUUAAAACCUAAUACAACAACAACUACUACUACUACUACUACUACUACUACUACUACUACUACUACUACUACUCCAAAAACAACGACAACAUCCACUACCACUCCUUCACCACCACCAACCACCACUGCAGCACCACCCGUCCCAUUACCAACUCCAAAACCUGGAAAAUGGAUACUCAAUGGAUCCAAUGAAACUUGUAUUGUUGUUGCUAUGGCUGUACAAUUUAACGUUUCUGAAUUUUCUGAUCAAACUAAUCAGACGACAUACAAAGUAUUCAAUCUACCUGAUAGAACAAAUGAGACUAAAGUAUCUGGUUCCUGUGGAAAAUUAGAACAAUCUAUAGCUUUGCAAUGGAAUACCACUGUAAAUGUUACUAAUACUUUUACUCUUCACUUUUCCAAGAAUGAUACAACAAAACAAUAUCAUUUUCAUCAUUUAGAACUUAAUAUUACUGAAGGAAAUAAAACUACAAUGUUUAUACACAAUGCAACAUUAUUCUCUACCGGUUUAAGUAACUCUUACAGAUGUUUGAAACAAGAAAAUUUCACUUUUGACUCUAACAAAACAAAAGGAUAUUUAAUGAUGUCUGAUUUGCAAUUCCAAGCUUUUAAAGCUGACAAAUCUGUUAAUUUUGGCGAAGUCAAAGACUGCAAACUGGACACACCAGACAUUGUCCCAAUAGCUGUGGGUUGUGCACUAGCAGUUUUGGUAGUCAUUGUAUUGGUUGCCUAUCUUAUAGGACGUAAACGAAGCCAAUCACGUGGCUAUCUUAGUAUGUAAUCUGCUUGAAGUCAGAUUUUUUACUGGUCAGUUUAUAACUUCC